UCUCGGCUCUUGAUUGGCUAUUUUGGGGGUGAUAAUGGAUAAUGAGGAGAUUCCAUCAGUGCCUUCAACACCAGCAACACCAGGGACUCCUGGUAGACCUCUGUUUGGAGGGUUGAAGGGAGAGAGAUUAGGAUUAAGCAGCAUUGGUAGAAAAUCACUUCUCAAGAGCUGCAAAUGCUUCAGUGUCGAAGAAUGGGCCAUGGAAGAAGGAAGAUUGCCCCCUGUGUCUUGCUUCAUUCCUCCUCCUCCUAUCUCCCUUGCAAGAAAGGUGGGGGCUGAAUUCAUAGGCACACUAAUACUCAUCUUUGCUGCGACAGCCACAGCUAUUGUGAACCAAAAGACACAAGGCUCUGAGACCCUCCUUGGCUGCGCUACCUCUACCGGGCUUGCUGCCAUGAUUGUGAUAUUGUCGACUGGCCACAUCUCAGGCGCCCAUCUCAAUCCGUCUGUCACCAUUUCCUUUGCUGCUCUAAAGCACUUCCCAUGGAAACAUGUACCAGUGUAUAUUGGGGCACAAGUGAUGGCAUCACUGUGUGCUGCAUUUGCACUUAAGGGGAUAUACCACCCUAUAAUGGGUGGAGGAGUUACGGUUCCAGCAGAUGGAUAUGGUCAGGCUUUUGCUCUGGAGUUCAUUAUCAGCUUCAACCUCAUGUUUGUUGUCACUGCUGUAGCCACCGACACUAGAGCUGUGGGAGAAUUGGCGGGAAUCGUGGUGGGGGCUACUGUCAUGGUCAACAUACUCAUAGCUGGGUAUUUUAUGCCAUGGUGCAGGGAAUCAACUGGUGCAUCAAUGAACCCUGUGAGAACAUUGGGACCAGCCAUAGCUGCAAACAAUUACAAAGCCAUAUGGGUAUACCUCACUGCCCCCAUCCUUGGAGCACUGGGUGGAGCAGGAACUUACACUGCUGUCAAGCUGCCAGAGGAAGAUGAUGCAACUCAUGGAAAGCCUUCAACAGCACGGAGCUUCAGAACAUGAGUCAC